AUGGUACCCCGACCGGAUCUCAGGGAAUUGAAACAAACCGUUCUCAGAGCACCCAAGGAUCGAACCCUGCGGUUUAGAGAGGAUGGAACAUUUCACAUUGGAGUCUUUGAGGAUUUGCAUUUCGCCGAGGACGACGAAAAAGACAACAAGUCCAAAAAAGUGAUGUCAACGAUCCUCUCGAAGGAGGACAUCGACUUCGUAGUCAUAAACGGCGACCUAGUCUCCGGCGAAAGAACCCAAAAAGCCGAUUCAAAAAAAUAUAUCGACUCGGUAGUUUCCCCGCUUGUCGAAAAGGGAUACAGCUGGGCAUCAACCUACGGCAACCACGAUAGCGAGGUUAAUCUCAACCCGGAGGAUGACAUGCUCGAGGAGGAGAACAAAUACACCAACAGUUUGACGCAGAGUAUGAUCUCCGGCGACAAGGCCGGAAUAACAAAUUAUUACCUGCCGGUGUUCUCACAUGGACAGACGAAUACCAGCACGCCGACGCUGCUGCUGUGGUUCUUCGAUUCGAAGGGUGGGCAUUAUUACCAGAAGCAAGGAGAGACCGGGCCUGCUGUUAAAAGGCCGAGUUGGAUUGAUGAUUCGGUCGUUGAAUGGUUUACGAAAACCAAUUCCGAACUGAACAAGAAGUAUGGCAAAGCCAUUCCCUCGCUAGCAUUCUAUCACAUCCCUGCGCACGCGAUGCUGGAACACCAACAAACAAAAGGCAUAAAUCCGCACCUGAAUCCCGGCGUGAAUCUCGAGCGCGUGAACCCGCAAGGAACCGGCGAAUGGACUUAUGACGGCCAGGACGUCAAGUUCAUGGACGCGCUCCUUCACACCGAAGGCUUAAUCGCGGGAUUUAGCGGCCACGAUCACCAAAAUGACUGGUGCUUUAAAUGGAAUGGAUCUCUUGUCGAUCACGAUCUAACCGGGAAUGGUAUCAAUAUGUGCUACGGGCGGCAUACGGGGUAUGGCGGCUAUGGAAAUCUGGCCCGCGGUGGACGGCAGAUCUUACUCCACGAGGAUAAUCUCGCAAACGACACCGAGACGUGGAUUCGACUGGAAGAUGGGUCCGCCCAGGCUCAUGUCACGCUAAACACAACUUACGGCCAGGAUACUUAUCCUGCUGUUACUAACGGUGCUGGGAAGCCCGAUUCGCUUCCUUGUUCUUGGCUGUGGGUUCCGCUUAUGAUGUUCUCGCGGUGGAAGAUGUAA